CAAUGAUUAAGUUGUCGCGGAGGGGCUCCGAAAGUCAAAAGAGAGGCAAGAGAAGCUGCGGGAUGACACCAUGUGAAUGUCUCACGGGAACGGAACGCUUAAAAGAAGUCUUGGCUCCAAUUAUUUUGGCCAGCUCGACCAAACAAGCUUCCACUCCAACUUUCUUAAGCCGCCAGGCCACGUUCGUUUAAUACAUGCCUACUAAACUUAUUUUGCCUGGGAAAUAACAAUUAACGUCAUCGUCAUCACUUGCGCAUUUUCUCUGAGCUUUCGUAUCAUACAGUAAAAAACAACAUAAUCAAGUAUACCUAACAAGCAAGCUUAAGCUAUGGCAUCAUUUGAAGCUCCCACGACCAAGCUGGUCGACCUUAGCCAGACAAGCCUGUUUAUUUCGGCCAGUGCUAUUGCAUUCAAUCCUCUAUUCUGGAAUAUCGUAGCUCGACAAGAGUAUCACAAUAAAUUACUCACUAAGCUCUUCGGUGGCCGAUCGCAAACCGCAUGCUAUGGAUUAGCCCUCACCAUCUUCUCCAUUGGCCUCGUACGCGAUUUCCUAUACGAACGUGCACUACGCGAACAACCAUCAUACCCGUUACUCGAGUUAGAUGAGGUCAAAUAUGUUGCCUUCGCCUUACUCGCCGUCGGUAACAUUCUCGUAAUAUCUUCAACAUGGAUGCUAGGAAUUACGGGAACAUUCCUAGGAGACUAUUUCGGGAUAUUAAUGGAUGAUAUCGUCACCGGCUUUCCGUUCAACAUUACAGAUGCGCCUAUGUAUAAUGGCUCGACCUGCAGUUUCCUCGGUACUGCACUAUUAUACGGCAAGCCUGCCGGUAUCCUACUGACCGCCUGGGUUUUCGUCGUCUACCAGAUCGCUCUUAAAUAUGAGAAUCCGUUUACGGCUGAAAUAUACGCAAAGAGAGAGAGGGAGCGUGCUGCGGGAAAGAUUGGUAGUAAGAAGUCGCAAUAAGCUCCCGGUGGUCGACAAAUUCAGUUAUCGGGAUAAAUUGCCAUACCGAGAUUUACCGAGACUCGCCCGAAACCAGCCGGUGGGUUGGCCGAGGAAUGGGUGAAGACAUUCCGAGCGAAGAUUACGUGUGUGUGUGUGUGUGUGGGUAGUGAUUAAGUAGGUUAGGUACGUAUGCGUGAGUAUGGUGGGAUGAUGGUGUAUUCAGCAACUGGGUGAAAGGAAGUUUGUAUGACAUAUAUGAUACUGAAGCGUGAAUCAAGAAGUUGACGAGGAAUGAGAUGGAACGGAUGGGUGGGUGAAUUAGCGAGGAGUGAUAUGAAAUGAGCGAAUGAUGAGGAAAGCGUAGUUACAGUACCUUAGGAACAUCAACACGUCCCUAAGAAAUUAAUAGUUUCAACUGACCAAUGCCGUGACCUGGACUUGUAACAUAUUACUUGGAAAGAGGCAUCUAGAUUUCCUUCAGAUGAGAAUCACUUUUUAAUGUUCCCCUCUUGCAACUCACAUUCUCUAUCCUAUUGAAUCUGAGAUAGAAAUCC